CAUUUACUUCCGGGUCCCCGACAACAUGGCGGGUUUUGUUCAAUAGUCGCGGUGUUUGUUCAACGAGUGGAAAACAACAAGAUCGAAGUGAAACCGCUGAGAGGGGAAAAAGAUCGCGGUCCUUGGUUAUGGAGCGAAGACAGCCUUUUCGCUAACGGCCGGUGAACGGAGGAAAUUUCAGGGCUCUGUCGGGGCCGGUGGGAUUUGUGUUGUGAGCUGAAAAUGGCCCCGGUUCAGGUAGAGAGUUCGCAGCUGGUGUCUGCGGGUGGCCCGACCUCUGCCCCGGCCGCUGCAGUUACGGCAGCCGUGGCCGCCAGCCCCGGCGUCCGCCUCACCAUGUUGAUCGACUUCCUGCUGCAGAGGACCUACCAUGAGAUUACGGUUCUGGCCGACCUGUUGCCUCGAAAGACUGACAUGGAACGAAAAAUUGAAAUUGUUCAGUUUGCUAGUCGCACACGUCAGCUCUUUGUUCGUCUGCUAGCAUUGGUGAAAUGGGCAAGUAAUGCUGGAAAAGUUGAAAAAUGUGCGAUGAUAUCAAAUUUCUUGGAUCAGCAGGCAUUUAUCUUUGUGGACACUGCUGAUCGAAUGGCAUCAUUAGCAAGAGAUGCUUUGGUUCAUGCACGCCUGCCAAGCUUUGCAAUUCCAUUUGCUAUUGAUGUUCUAACUACAGGGUCGUACCCUCGCCUGCCCACUUGUAUUCGGGAUAAAAUCAUUCCUCCAAAUCCAAUAACAAAAAGUGAGAAACAAUCGACACUUCAUCAGCUUAAUCAGAUUCUGAGACACCGACUAGUGACAACAGACCUGCCUCCUCAACUGGCAAACCUUACUGUUGCCAAUGGACGUGUGAAAUUCCGUGUUGAAGGUGAAUUUGAAGCCACACUUACGGUAAUGGGAGAUGAUCCUGAAAUUCCCUGGCGGCUGCUCAAACUGGAAAUACUAGUGGAAGAUAAGGAAACGGGAGAUGGUCGUGCUCUGGUCCAUAGUAUGCAGGUCAACUUCAUCCACCGGCUGGUACAGUCCAGACUGUUUGCUGAUGAGAAACCUCUGCAAGACAUGUACAACUGUUUACAUUCAUUCUGUUUGUCACUGCAGUUGGAAGUUUUACACUCACAGGCACAAAUGCUAAUACGUGAACGUUGGGGCGAUCUUGUUCAGGUCGAGCGGUAUCAACCAGGAAAGUGCCUGACUUUGGUUGUUUGGAACCAACAGGUCUUGGGGAGAAAGACCGGCAGUGCCUCUGUGCACAAGGUCUUGAUAAAGAUUGAUGAGAGUGACUGUUCAAAACCCUUACAGAUAACUCAUGAUCCCCCAUUACCAUCUUGUGAUUCUAAAUUAAUAGAACGUGCUAUGAAGGUUGACCACCUAUCUGUAGAGAAGCUUUUGAUUGACAGUGUCCAUGCACGUUCCCAUCAGAAACUGCAGGAGCUAAAAGCCAUCCUCAAAAGCUACAACCCCAACGAUAGCUCCUUUAUAGAAACAGCCUUGCCUACGCUGGUUAUUCCUAUCUUAGAACCUUGUGGUCGAUCCGAGUGUCUUCACGUUUUUGUGGACCUGCAUUCUGGAAUGUUCCAACCUAUGUUAUAUGGAAUUGACCAAACUACAUUAGACGAUAUUGAAAAGUCCAUCAAUGAUGAGAUGAAGCGAAUUAUUCCUUGGCUUCAGCAGCUAAAGUUUUGGCUUGGACAACAAAGAUGCAAGCAGUCUAUGAAACACCUUCCCACAGUCUGCAGUGAGACCUUACAUCUUUCAAACUUUUCCUCUCAUCCAGUUGGAAAUCUCUCAAAACACAAACUAUUCAUCAAGCUAACACGCCUUCCUCAGUAUUAUAUUGUUGUGGAAAUGUUAGACAGGCCAGGUUUUCCCAUAGAACUACAGUAUAAAUACCACUUCCUCUCUGUAAGUCACGGGCUGACUGAUCCAGACGACUGUCCUCCCACUGCACUACUUUUGCAACAGUUCAAACCAAACAUUGAGGAUCUAAUACUGGAUGCAAAAACUGGGAAGCAGGCCAAGGCUGGAGAUAAGCACAAGUUGUCUGCUGAUCAAGGACCUACAGAACCUAAGAAACCCAAGAGGACGGGGGAAAUGUGUGCCUUUAAUAAGGUCCUAGCACACCUGGUAGCUAUGUGCGACUCAAACAUGCCAUUUAUUGGACUUCGUUGUGAGCUUUCUGCUAUGGAGAUUCCUCACCAAGGAGUUCAAGUGGAAGGAGAUGGCUGUAGUCAUGCUAUACGCAUACUAAGGAUUCCUCUAUGUACAAGUGUCAGUGAGGAGACACAGAAGGCCUUAGAUCGAUCUUUGCUGGAUUGCACUUUCCGAUUGCAGGGAAGGAAUAAUCGGACCUGGGUGGCAGAACUGGUAUUUGCCAAUUGCCCUCUGAAUAGUACUUCAGCCAAAGAGCAAGGUUCAACACGUCAUGUCUAUCUGACAUACGAAAGUUUAUUAUCAGAGCCUGUUGGAGGUCGAAAGGUGGUCGAAGCAUUCCUGAAUGAUUUGAAUAGCAUAGCUAAGCUCUAUGACUGUGUUCUAGAUUUUGCACGUUCCUUGCCAGAAAUACCAUCCCACCUUAAUCAUUUCUCGGAGAUACGUGUCUAUAAUUACCGUAAACUUGUCAUAUGCUAUGGGGCCACUAAAGGCAGCUCGACAACAAUCCAGUGGAAUCCCACUCAUCAGCGAUUCCACAUUUCAUUAGGAACAGUGGGUCCGAAUUCUGGCUGUAGUAACUGCCACAACAUCAUACUCCAUCAACUUCAAGAAAUGUUCAACAAAUCACCAAAUGUUGUUCAAUUAUUGCAGAUAUUGUAUGAUACACAAGCACCGCUGAAUGCUAUUAAUAAACUCCCAACAGUGCCAAUGUUGGGUCUCACACAUCGAACAAAUACUGCCUAUCAGUGUUUUUCAAUAUUACCCCAGUCACCCACACAUAUCAGACUUGCUUUCCGUAACAUGUACUGCAUUGACAUAUACUGCCGAAGCCGAGGUGUUGUGGCUAUACGUGAUGGUGCCUACAGUCUUUUUGACAACAGUAAAAUCGUAGAGGGAUUCCAUCCGGCUCCAGGCUUAAAGACUUUCUUGAACAUGUUUGUAGACAGCACCCAGGAUGCACGUAGGCGGUCAGUGAAUGAAGAUGAUAACCCACCGUCUCCUAUUGGUGGGGACAUGAUAGAAUCAUUAAUGUCGCAGCUUCAGUCACAGUCACAGCAGCCUUUCACCAAAUCUGGUGCAACAGUAACCUAUCCCCUGACAUCACCACCUACAUCCUAUCAUAAUACGGUGACUCCAUCACCACAAAUGAUGCCUACACAAUCACCUGGGAGUUUACAUCCGGCAAAUUCCCCAAGUGGGGCAAUACGAGCCCCAUCACCAGCAUCAUUUGUACCCUCUCCAUCUCCAUCUUCCCUUGGAAUUUCAAUGGGACAGACACCAAACUUUGCAAGUCCACAUGGCACAAUUGACCCAAGCUCUCCAUAUACAAUGAUGUCACCCAGUCAACGUCCUGGAAACUGGCCUGGAUCUCCACAGUUGCCUGGACCACCUUUAGCACGCAUUCCUGGAAUGUCACCAGCAAAUCCAUCCUUACACUCGCCAAUCCCAGAUGUAUCUCACUCCCCACGAGCUGGGACAAGCUCCCAAAUAAUGCCGACCAACAUGCCCCCUCCUCGUACACUACCUCAGCGCUCGUGGGCUGCAUCAAUACCCACCAUCUUGACUCAUAAUGCCUUGCACAUUCUACUUUGUCCAUCACCAACACCAGGUCUUGUCCCAGGAUUGGCUGGUAGUUAUCUGUGUUCCCCGCUAGAACGAUUUUUAGGAUCUGUUAUGAUGAGACGACAUCUACAGCGGAUCAUUCAACAGGAACCGCUGCAGCUUAUAAACUCCAAUGAACCUGGUGUGAUCAUGUUUAAGACUGAAGCAUUGAAGUGUCGAGUUGCAUUGAACCCACAAACGUAUCAAACUUUGCAGUUCAAAGUAACACCUGAAACACCAGACCCAUGGACACAAGAAGAGCUACAAGUUUUAGAAAAGUUCUUUGAAACGAGAGUUGCUGGUCCCCCAUUUAAAGCCAAUACACUAAAUGCCUUUGCUAAGCUACUGGGAGCUCCCACACACAUUCUCAGGGAUUGUGUGCGCAUCAUGAAAUUGGAACUGUUUCCAGAUCAAGCCACCCAGCUAAGGUGGAAUGUGCAGUUCUGUUUGACAAUUCCUCCUAGUGCUCCUCCAAUUGCUCCUCCAGGAACACCUGCAGUAGUGUUGAAAUCCAAGAUGCUGUUCUUUCUACAACUCACUCAGCGACUAACAGUUCCACAAGAACCAGUCAGCAUAAUUGUGCCAAUUGUCUAUGAUAUGGCAACAGGGGCAACACAGCAAGCUGAUAUUCCUAGACCACAGAACACAUCAGGAGCAGCUGCCUCGAUGGUUAGCAACAUCUUGAGGAGGUUUUCAGAGGUGCACCAGCCACCACAAGGUGACUGCACAAUCUAUGCAGCAGUGAGGGAAUUGAUGGCAAACCUAACACUGCCCCCCGGGGGUCGACAGUAACACACUACAGCCUGCCUUAGGAAGUCCUUCAAGUGAAGAAAGAAGGAUUGAGUACAACUUAAUUAGGUGGACAGUGUGUGAUGCAAAACAAAAUUAAGGAUUAUCAAAAUUGUGCUCCAAUAUGACUUGAGAGCAUGAUAUAAUUUAUUCUUCAGGGAUGAACUUCUUCCAUCAAAAGAUACAUUCAUUACUUUGUUUACCUGCUGUUAUAUAGUGUAUUUUAUAAACUGCAUUUCAAGGAAAAUAUAAAUACAGAAAAAUUCCUGUUUGGUUGAGUUAGAUUUAACCAUAGUAUAAUAUUUACAAGGAGAAGACCAUUAGGUUAUGACAAUGCUAAGAAUAUUUUUUAGAGAAUGCAAAUCUGUCAAAUUUCACAUGUUCUGGCAUAAUAGCUUGAGUUUUAUUCAUUCUCAAACUUAUUUGUUACCUUGGUUGUUGUAAAGUAAAUUGUGAAACUUUAAAGUAAUGGAGCUGUAUUUUAUUAUGAUUGCUUUAAAUCUUUACAGAAAAUUUGAGUUAUUUGGUCAUAUUGCCUUAGAAACAAUAUUUAAUAAACAAGCAGAUAAAACCACCAUCCCAUGUAACACCUUAUUCAUACAACAUUGAUAAUGUGUACAGUUAGGUGUGGCAGCAAAAUUUUGGUUGUACAAUUACGCUAGAUUUUAUUUUUCUCCCCCCUCAUUGCCUUUUCUGAAAUGCUCCAAGUAAUGAGGUAAGUAUUUCUAUUAUUUUCAACUACUUUUUAUUGCUACCUUGUUUAACGGCAAUUUUGACAGAUGCAACUUCAAAACAGUUACUUUAUUUUGAUAGGGUGAUAUUCAAAAAGCUGCACAUCAACAGAGUUUUUGUUUAUUUUACUUUUAAAGUCAUAUUUUGGCAGUUCAGUGAUGAAUUUAAACAUAAUUACUGAAGUAAUUUUAAAUACCUGUUUCCUAUUGUCUCUCAUAGGUGACUCAUAAUUCCCUGGUGUUCAUUGUGGUACCUGCUGCUGUCUUGAGCAGUAACUCAAUUGCCCUAUCCUUCAUUCUCAGCAUGUUUUCUUCGCUUCUACCACUCUACACCUGAUCAACUAUAUCUCUUUUCCAACCCUUGUUGUGCUACUCCCUUUUCUGUUCCUCCACCCUUUGCCCUUCUGUCUUUCACCAUCUCCUUUUUGUUUUUUGCCCCACAUCCCAAAUUGAUCCCUACUUCUAUCCACCACUAGUUCUCAGUCAACCUUCUCUUCCUGACCACUCAGGCUUAAGUCCUCUUGAACAUACUCAUCUGAUACCCUCUUUGCCCUCUCAAUGCACUCUGAUGGACCCAUUGUGGCAUCUUUUGACGUCUUGAGCAGCAGUUUCUAUUGUCCCAUCCUCCAUUCUCAGCGUCCUUUCUUUGCGCCUCCCCAUUCCCCCCACCACGUGCUUACUGGAGUUAACGUCACCAACCUCCUUUCUCAGCCCAUACACAAGAUGUUGGCUUUGGCUGGUGGAUGAACAAUCACCACCACAAAAAUUUUCUUCUGGACCAUCAACUUGCUCAUCGAGUUCCUGGGUGCCUAUGACCUUAUUAUGAAUAAUUGUAUUGACAAGCUGCCUUUGGCAAAAACUUGAUUUAUGAAUGAUGCCACUUUCCCCAUCACUGAGGUGGCUCACCUGAUCUUACUUUCCACUACCUGGACUGCUUCCAUAUAUUUCGGUACCAAACCGAAACUACCAUUUCUAUAGCAUACUGCCCUUAUAGAAAGACAUUCCUGACUUUCCAGAGCAAUGUGUACAGAGUACAUACCAAGUACUAGGUUUAAAGGGAAAAAAUGGUUUGGAGGGGGUGGAAGUACUGUUUAAGAGAACUAUAGGUGACAAGGUGGAUAUAUUAGGGGAAGUGUUUCAGAGGACAAGACAUAGUGACAAAGGCUGGAGAACACUUGUAGGGAUAGAGGAAAUUGCUGAAGUUGAUGGAUCACUUUUAAAGGUAAAAAUGUGGAUCUUAAAGUCAAAACAAAGAAUACAAGAUGCUGGAAAUCUGAAACAAAAACAAUGCCAGAAACACUCAGCAGAUCAGGCAGUAUUUGCAGAGAGGACAAUUUUUUUUUCAGGUAUGAAUCUUUCACCAGUACUAGAACCUAUUACAGAUGAACCGCCUUAAAAAGGGACAAAUAGAAAGAAAGCCAUGGGUGGGGUUGGGGGGACAUAAGAAAUGCAAAUACUUGAAAUAGAAUGCCUGUAAAGUACUUAAAUGCUAACAAAAUGGUUAAAAGACAGGAGUGAUAGCAUAAGAGAAUAGGAGGCAUAAUGCUGGAAAUCAAAUAGAUUUGAGACACAGGAAUUCAGGGGUGUUGGGUGGUUAUGCAUGUAGAAAUGGAAGCAUGAAAAACUAGUGAAGUAGAGCAGGUCCAGCCAUGCUGGUGCCUUAAAUACAAAUUCUAAAGACAGAAUUGGACAGGAAAUGGAAGUAAUAAGGAGCUUGGUGCUACAUUUACAAAGAGAAUGGGGGUGUUGAGCAUAAUAAUCAUUCUUUGCUACAUUUGGUCUUCCUAACGUAAAGGAACUGAGCAAUAAAUCCAGUAUACUAGGUUUGAAGAAGUAUUUGCAAAUUGCUGUCUCACCUGGAAAGGUCUGUUUGAGCCCUGUACAGUAUUGUGGAAGGAUGUCAUUAGACAGAUGCUGUAUCUCCUGGGCUUGCACAGAAAGAUGACAGGAAGAGUAGGUGGCAGAAGAACAAACCAGGGUGUCAAUUAACAAUCCCUUCCUUUGUAAAGAGGAAAAGGGAAUAUCCGUUUGUUAGUGGGUUAAGUUGAAAGUGGCAGAAAAUGAUGCAUCAAAUGCAGAAGAUGAUGUUACAGUAAGUGAAGAAAAAGGGGCCCUAGUUGUAAUGCUAAAGUAGGGGCAGAAGCAUGAAAGUGGGAUCUGUCUUGUCUAUUUCACUGGAGGUAAAUCCUUGACUGGAAAAAAUAAUUUUCAAGUCACCUAAACUGGAACUUGACCAAAAAAAGGUAGUGGGCAUGUGGGCUUUGGUGAGAGUGCAGACUCCAGCAUUUUGGAUGAGCUGUAGUUUGUGAUGGGGGAGGAUUCCAGCAAGGACAGUAUUUGGAUCAUCAUGAAAUGUAUGUAAAAUGUUUUUUUCAGACAUUGAAUCUAUUGGCCUAGAUUUUAUGGUAGGAUUGACAAUGGCAACUGUUCGUAUUUGCUUUCAUUACUCCUUUGAAAUUAACAGCAACUUCUGGAGUCUGUGCAUGCACAAUUCAUAUAGAAAUCCAGAUGCUUUCCCAUAGGAUGCACACUUGAAGUUCCCCCAGCCCCUGCCAAAGACUGCAAUAAAGUAAAAACCACUGAACUGAUUAAAAAAAAACUUACUCUUUUACACUAUAAGUCUUGCUGUUCCAAAAUGAAAUCUUGAAAAAGUUGCACCUUGUUGUAUGAGGUGUCACUGGGGCUUUAAUGGUAUAUUAAUUUCAUAAUUACUGAUCAGCCGCACUGUCCCUGAAAAAUUAUAUUUAUGGCAUGUCAAAUUCCUCCAUUAUGAUAAUUCACAUUGUUAAAAUAUUUUUAUUUCAUUUAUAAUAUUUCAGCUUCUAGCUAAUCCCAUGUAUAUGUCCCAAUCAUUUAUUUUGCUCUGUAAAAUAUUUUAAUUAAAAGUGAAAAGUUCAGUGUAUUUUAUUUCCUGGUUUGCUGCCUGAGAAUACUUCAAUAUGAUUGGCAGCUUAUUCUGCUUUAUGACAUCACCUGGAGAUCCUCUUGACUUGGCGCCAGAUUCAAACUGACAUCAAAAAAGGGGGAAUUCCACACCACAGCUUCGCUGCUGACUGAAAUCGGUCAUUGUUUUACAUUCUGGAUGAAUUUUGAAUCCUUGUGAAAAAUAUGAUUAAAACUUGUCAAGGAAAAAUAUCUUUAAAUGGAUUGUUUCAACAUCUAAAUAUUCUUUUAUUAAAUCGCUAUUUGGGAAGUAGUUUUGUUAUAUACUUUCCCCUUCCCCCAAAAAAUUGCUUCAAUAAAUCUUGCAUAUACCACAGAGAAAACUUGGUAAGAAUUUUGCACGGAAAUCUUCUAUAAAUUAAGGAAUAAUUUGUUCUAUUCUAAAACUGUGAACUUUUGAACCAUUUUCCGAACAAAAUGUUACAUAUGAUACUGUUAUUUUAUUGAAGUAUGGCAAAUAAGUUAUAUAAGAUUUUUUUGACAACUUAACCAAUUUUCUCUUCAGCAUGGACAGUCAUUUUUUUGAGAUUUAGUGGAAACAAUUGCCUGAUUUCAUGGUCAACAGCUAAGCAACAGCAUCACCGCUGACCUCAAAAACUGCCAACAAAGAUCUAACAAUCUCUGUAAUGUGGAUUUUCCCUUUCCCGACAUCCGUUUGAAUUUGUUGUCAUCCGUUGAUGAACCAUAAUUCCCAAUUUUAAUACUUCCUGUUUCCAGACUUGUCAGUUGGUUCUAAAUUUGAAUAGGUGCUAAUGUUAAAGCAGAAGAUAUUCUUGAAUGUUGAUGUUUUCAUUUGAAUUUCAUUUUUUAAAUCACUUUUUUUUAAAGUAUCGAUAUUUAUUUGUAUGGCUAUUCCUUUUGGUGUACCUCAAUUUUAAAAUAAAUACUUCAGUGU